CUCCUCUGUGCCUAAAGACCGGAUUAAACACCUGGACGCGGACGCACCUGGACAGGAUCAGCACCGAGCCGCGUGUUCUGGACCGGGUCACGAACUGGUUCUGUCAUGAGUCGAGUUAAAGCGGGGAAUUCAACCAAUGUAUUAAAGAGCAGAUAGAGGAAACAGUAACAGUCAUACUUUUGGCUGAGAAAAGAAAAAACAACAGUGAAGCAGUAAAAGUGAAGAAGAAUGUCUGAACCAAGUGAAUUAAAGUCAGAGUUAAAUGAAGAUGCAGCUGAACGUCAGACUGUGAAGAAAGACCUUCAGGACCAGGACAUGAUACAUGAGGAAGAGGAGGAAGAAGAGGAAGAGGAGGAGGAGAUGUCCAGGUCUGCUCAUCUGGAACCCUCUACUCUGCCCUGGCCCGGAGACAAAGACAAGAAGCCUCAGACGGACGACGAUGACGGGACGUGGUCUGAAAAAAGCGUGUCUGAGGCGGAGGAACGGGACACGGGGGUCAGCGGAGGAAGUCAGGACCUGUCGGAGGAACACAGUCACACAGAGAGCCAGGGACAAAAGGCCAACAAGUGGAGAGAGAGCAUGCCCGAAGGAGAGAGGUGGAGGGACGACGACACCCACAUACAGCCCCACCACAAGGGCAGCGGCUCCAUGGCUGACGACGAGGCCGAGGAGGAGGAGGAGGAGGAGGAGGAUGAAGAGGAUGGAGGGAUGAAGUGGAUGGACGAGAAACCAGCUCCAGUCUUCAGUCCACGGGUGACCAUCGUACGGCCGUCCAGUAAAGAGCUGCACGAGGAGAGGCAGCACUUCAUCGACAGAGACGCCAAGAAGGAGGCGGAGCCAGAGUCCACCCUCCAGUUUUAUGACGAGUAUCCAGAACCAGACGACAAGUACUAUCUGUGUGAGGACAGCUGUGGUGAGAAGCUGAAGGUGGUUCUUGGGACGGUGGCCGGUGCGAUCCUCUUCCCGUUCCUGGUUUGGGCGGGUUACGCCUUCCUCCCCUUUGACUCUCCGCUCCUGGACAGCGCCCCCCUCAGGGUGGUGUACACACUACGCUGCUCCUUGUUUGCCAUGGUCCCCAUCCUGCUCGGUGUGCUGGUGCAGGGCGUGGCCCGGCUGCGCCACAGUUCGCUAAAGCCUCUGUAUCAGGGUCAGCAGGUCCACAGAGAGGUGGCCGUGCACUGGCACUUUGUCAAUGAAUCGCUGGCCCUUUUCCUCUUCUACUUCCUCCAGCUCGCUGUCAUGGCAACCUACGUCACCCAGGACCUGAUUAAGAUGGUUCCGCUGCUCACCAUCAUCUUCGCUUUUGGCAGACUCAUCUACUGGCUCUGCCUCUCGCUGUGCAGCAGCUUCAGGGGCUUCGGCUUCAGCUUCUCCUUCUUCCCCAUGCUGGUGAUGCUGGGGGUGAACCUCUACUAUGUCUGCACAUCCACGGGACAAGCGGCGGUCUUCGACGUUGAGCCGCCUACGACCGCCCCCCCGCCCCGGAUGAGGUGGUUCGGGUAAAACGUGACGUUCCAAAGAAUGCGGUGAGGAAAAAAAAAAACUGUCAACUUAAACAAGACAAGAACAUGCACUACUCAGCUUUGUGUCAUUUGAGACGUUUAACAUUCAUUUCUUUGGGUGUAUUUGGGGAUGGAAGUCCUUCGUUUUCA